AUUGAAUGCAAGAAGCAAGAAACAAGUGAAGCCUCCCAAAAUGGCCACAACCACAACUACAAACACCUCUAACCUUGUUCACAUAGCCAUGUUCCCAUGGUUUGCCACAGGUCACAUGACCCCAUUCCUCCACCUUUCUAAUGAAUUAGCCAAAAGGGGUCACAAAAUCACCUUCUUACUACCCCAAAAAGCCCUACUCCAUCUCCAACACCUCAACCAGUACCCUCACCUCAUCACAUUCCACACUCUCACCAUUCCUCACGUUCAAGGUCUCCCUUAUGGCUCCGAAACUGCCUCGGAGAUACCAAUUUCUUUAAACCAUUUACUAAUCAUAGCCAUGGACAAAACCCGUGACCAAGUGGACCAAACACUUAGUGCAAUGAAACCUGAUUUUGUGUUGUAUGAUAGUGCUUAUUGGAUACCCCAAAUAGCAAAAAGAAUUGGCAUCAAAGCGAUUUGUUACAAUGUUGUAUGUGCAGCUAGCAUAGCUAUUGUGAUUGUGCCUGCAAGGAAUGUUCCCAAGGAUAGGUCAAUUACUGAGGAAGAGCUAAGUCAUCCACCACAAGGGUACCCUUCGUCCAAAGUAAUGCUUAAAGGAUCCGAAGCAAGGUCAUUGUUAUUUACUUCACUACCCUUUGGUGAAGGCAUGACAUUUUAUGAUCGCAUUACAAGUGCCUUGAGAGAAAGUGAUGCUAUAGCAAUCAGAACUACUAGUGAAAUUGAGGGUAACUUUUGUGACUACAUUGGAGCACAAUAUGGGAAAAAAGUGUUUUUGACUGGGCCAGUGUUGCCAACUGAAGCUGAGGGGAAGUUGGAAGAAAAUUGGGCUAAUUGGCUUGAUGGGUUUCCACAUGGGUCUGUUAUGUUUUGUGCAUUUGGGUCUCAAAUCAAUUUAGAAAAGGAGCAAUUUCAAGAGAUUUUGCUAGGGUUUGAGCUUUCAGGGUACCCCUUUUUGAUUGCUCUCAAGGCUCCUAAAGGGUGUGAGAGUGUGGAAGAGGCGAUACCUGAGGGGUUUGAAGAGAGAGUGAAGGGUAGAGGAGUAAUUUCAAGGGGUUGGGUUCAGCAAUUGUUGAUCUUGAAGCACUCUUCUGUGGGGUGCUUUGUGAACCAUUGUGGGUUUGGGUCUAUGUGGGAGUCUGUGAUGAGUGACAAACAAAUUGUGCUAGUUCCACACCUUGGGGACCAAAUCUUGAACACCAAGUUGUUGGUUGAGGAACUUGAAAUGGCAAUUGAGGUGCAAAGAGGGGAAAAUGGGUGGGUUUCCAAAGAGGAAUUGAGCAAAGUCAUCAAGUUGGUGAUGGAUGAAGAUAGUGAGGUUGGUGCUAAGGUGAAGAGGAAUCACAUCAAGUGGAAGGAAAGUAGGGGUAGUCCAAAGCUAAUGAAUAGUUACAUUGAUAGGUUUGUCCAAAAUCUUCAAGAUUUUUGUGUGUCCAAGUGAUGGAGUUGACCCUACGUCCAGCUAAUGAAAAUGAAAAUGUUUUGAAAAUAGCUAGAGAAAAUAUCUAAAGUGUGAUGUGCCUUAUGACUUGUGUGUGUGUGUUUUCUUUUUGUCUGUAAAGAUGUUAUUUUGUAAUUCAUUUGGUACUUUUUAGAAAGAAAAAAAAGUAUUGUAGGAUUGAAUAAAUUUGUAACUAUAUUCAGAA